GCUUUGUAGAGACGGGCGGCCAUGAUGGAGACAUUUUAAAAUAAACAUACAGCUAACUGUUAACGGCUAACAGAGCUCGCGAAGCUGCGAGCACACUGCGCCAAAACACAUUCAGAUUCUUCCAAGUCGUAAAUUAAUAAAGUGCAUUUAUCAGAGCACUGUUUAUGCAUCGCAAAACAGAGAGGCUCUAAAUUGCCGAAGAUGUCGAAAAGUCUGACACUGGGAAAAGAAGAGUACAACUAACGCCGCGCAGGUGAGCUCCAGUCCAGGCACAUUGGUCCAUGUUUGUUGGACCUUUGGGCUCUGGGCUUUAAUAGCAUGAAGAUGGCUGAUUCAGAGAAGGCAGAGGAAUUUGUGGAUGCUGAGUGCCCCCUAGAGUGCCUUGAUGAAGCACAAUCAGCCACAACGUCUGCUCAGGGAGAGCAGGAUGACCAUCUGAAAACAGAGGCCACCACCAGUACCAGCUCACCACUGAGGGAAAAAGAGGGAGACAGCCCCUUGAAUACAGAGGGUGAGCAGAGUCUCCUCUCCAUGCCAUGCCUGAUGCAGGAGCUCCGCAGAGACUCCCCAGAGUCCCAGCACGCCUCCACAGGGAGUGACAAGCCUGUAUCUCGUCAUAUCUAUGAGAGUGACUCCUCAAACCCCUGCAUGCUCUCCCCUUCAUCCAGUGGCCACCUUGCUGACUCAGACACACUGUCCUCAGGGGAAGAAGGUGCUGCUCCUCGUGUAGGAGCAGAGGAGGGGGGCAGCAUGGAAGCUGCAAAUGAUCCCGGGCAGGCAACAGGGAGACAAACAUCUGCCACGGGCGCAGGGGGGAGGAAGUCUCGGCGGUCACGUUCGGAGAGUGAGAUGCCCCCUAAUGCAAUGGCUGCAAAGAAAAACCGCUGCCAGCCCACUAUGGUAGCAGCAGGAGGGCAGGAAAAACAAACCAACGGAAAGUUGGCUAAAGUGAAAGGUCACCGGAGCCAGAAACACAAGGAGCGAAUGCGUUUGCUGAGGCAGAAACGAGAGGCAGCAGCACGGAAGAAGUAUAACCUGCUGCAGGACAGCAGUACGAGCGACAGCGAGCUCACGUGUGACUCCAGCACCAGCUCCUCUGAGGACGACGAUGAUGACACUUCAGGAGGUAGCAAGACAAUCAAGACAGAUAUUUCAGACGGGCCUCCAGUAGUGGGUCACUAUGAUAUUUCAGACACUGAUUCUAACCAGGAGAGUAUGAGUGUGGAGACAGUCCGGCCCACGGUGAUAAAGCAUGAGCUAAAAACACACAGAGGCCAGGAUAUGGCAGCUCACUCUGGGUGUAUAAGAGCUCUGAGCUCUAUCUCAGGCCACGUGGAGGCAGAGCUGUCGCACAAGGAAAGUUCUCAACACAACAAGGGCCAGAUUAACAUUGCUUCCUCUGACAGUGAGGUGGAAAUAGUCGGAGUGCAAGAGAAAGCACGAUGUGCCCACCCAUGCGGCGGGGUGAUAAAGAGUCUGUCCUCCUGGAAGGAGAGCUCAGUGGAGCAGUUAAACAGCACAAAUCAGCCACAGCUCUGGACUACUGUUUCCCCUCAGCCCAACUGGGUGUCCCCUCCCGAAGUGGUGGACCUCACACUGGACGAGGAUGCCGGACACAAAUACCUUCUUUAAUCAACAUGUACACUGAAGACUCCUCGUUUCUUCCUCUCAUCCCUCUCGCCUUGCCUCCAUGUUACGGCUGAAAUCCUUCCUAUAGUUGCGGCCUCGCCUGUAACCGCUCAUGGACUCUUCCUGCUCCAGGGCACUGUUUGUUUUUUAACUUACUGUUAAACAAUCAUAUGUAUCAAAGCCAUUCUACUGACGUGAUUCCCUGAUGUUGGCUCCUCAGCUCUGACUUUAGUUAUAAUAAAAAUGGCACAGUACUUCAAGCGCAGGUGGAAAAUUACGUAAGAGUGACUUGAUCUGUUAAUGAUAGCAAUAUCCUACCUUCUUUUAAUACCUCAGUUUACCCAUUGAGAACAGAUGUAGGUGGUUUUGUGUUGCGUGCUUGCGAGCUGUAAAGUGAAAAACGUUGCGUUGCUGCUUGAGAGCAGGUCAGUAUCAUGACACAGCUGUUGACCUGCUUCACUACAGACUCUGAAUGACAUCUUUUCAGGCUUGAUUCGGCAUUUUAAAAAAAAAUGGCAGCUGGUACACGUUCUGUUGUACAGUAGACCAUAGAUUGAUGUCUAGGGUCAGUUUUGUUUUCAUAAGUCUCACCACUGGUUUCACAUUUAGCUCGGUCUGCAUGGAUCGCUUUGCAUUACUAUUCUCUGUGCAGCCUAGGUCCAGUCUAAUGCUCCAGGGUUCUAAUUUAUCUAAAAGUAAUUGUUUGAAGUUUUGGGAAAUGGGCUUAAUCUGGCUUUUUGCCAAGAGUUCAACCAGAAAUAUUGAUACCACUCACCUGUCUUCCUCUCUCAAGGUUAAAUACAGAGUAAGGCAAGAGAAAGCAGCUGGCCAGCUUAGUUUAGCACAAUGUCUGGAAGCAGAGCAGAACAGCUAGCUUGGUUCUGCCCAAUGGUAACAACAUCCACCUACCAGCACCUUGAAGGCUUUCUAAUUAACACAUUAUGUCUCAUUUUGUUCGAUGUGUACAAAACACAAGUGUAAAAAAGGGUCUAAUUGCUGGUGCGAGGCGAGCUGCUGUCCUUGUGCUAAUCUAAUCUGCGGCUAAUUGUAGCUUCAUACGAAACCAUCUCAAUUUAACACUGUUGCCUCCAGAUGACCUACAUAAGCAAACAAUACCAUUUUCAACAUGAUUUGCUAUUUAAGCUAUUUCUAAAGCCGUCACACACCACCAGUACCUUCAAAAUCAUAACAUUAAUCAGUUAUGUUAACAAAAUUACUUUUACCGGGCACCCUGUUAGCUGUAGGCUUACAUGUGCAUGAUUAUAUUUACACCAAUAGAUUAAUUACCUCAUCGCUAGCUGUGUUUAACGCUUCUGUAAAGAACAUGCGGAAGGCGGUGGCGCUCAUACCACUUUCGGCCAAAGGGGGCGCCAGAAUCGCCAAAUAAUGAAAUUUCCAUGGAGCUGCAAACGAGCGCAUUUCCCAAAAUCUCUUUUAAUCAAACCACAGUUCUUGUUUCUGUUACUAUCAUAUUACAAAAAAAGUUUUUCCUUUUUGUUUAACAGAAAACCACUGGUAUAUACCCAGAUUUAGGGGAAGUACAAACACACUUGUUACAAACACACUACAUAAUACUACUCACCUCCACCACAGCACUUCUAUAUGUGGUGGUGUAUUGGCAAUAGAAAUUACGUAUGUUUUGUUUAUAGACAUAUUUUUGUGUCAGGAGUCUGCGAGUGUCCCAGGUGACGUAGUAGUUAUCAGUGAAUGUAUGACCCUGCAGUGCUGACUGGGUGCAUUUAUUGUUUGCAUGCUUAUCCUGAGUGGAUGCAAACACCUUUAAACCUCUGGGGACCCCUUUAUAACAACUGAGGAAAUGCAUUUUUUUCCAUUGAAUACUGCAAAGCAAGAUGGCCUGAAUGCCUUGAAAUGUGCACUAUUUUCUUUUAGUAUCGUAUAAAGCUUAUUCUUUUACCUUACAAAGAAGUCGAUUUUGCUAUCUCAACAAUAAAUAUUUUAAUAAUAGAUGUGAAUUUAGCACACAUAUACAAAGAGUAAAAAAGUGGAGUUGGGUUUGUGGCGUUAAAAGAAAAAAAAAGAAGAAAAAAAAAAGGACACUUUUCCUGUGUGAACUGUUUUUACCCUGAUCCUCAGGGCCUGCUUGCUCUCCUCCCCUGUGGUCUUAUUUUUGUCUUCAUGCAGUACAGCAGCCAGGCUGGUAAAUCUUUUAUCAAUCGUCCAACUUGAACUGUGCUAACACUUCAGAUUUGUUUUAUUGCAUAUUGAAUAACGCCUACUUUCCAACACUAUGUUUGAGAAUUAUAGAGUCAAAUUAUUUUACUUCUGCUGGUCACAGAAGGGAAGGGAAAUUUUAAAUAUAAGUAACUAAACCAAAGUCUAAAUGGAAUUUAUGUUUUUCGUUGGAAUUUUCUUCCGGUCUUUGCUCUGUAAGUCUAAAUCUUUUCAUUUGGAAGUCAGUACAUUUGUUGUGAGGUGAGGUGAUAGAAGUUCAAAAAGUACAAUGUGAUUUAUUAUUGUUUUCCUUUUGGCCAGUUCUUUCCACUUUAAGCACCUACCACUGUAACAAGUCUUUUUACCAGAUCACUUCUGCUUGCACAAAUCCCUUUUUGCUAUUGUUAAUAAGGAUUAUUAUGAAUUGUUAGUGAGACUCAAGUCUUUAGUGAUAGAGGUUUGGUAGAGACACAAGGGCAGUGAUGCCUGACUAUGGUUGCACAUAGCAUGUUUGGUCACAUCUUUAACCUCAAGUCAGAUAUUAUCCUCAUUACCAGUAAUUUAGCCUCGCUCUUCUGUUAUUUUUUUUUGUUUUAUUUUACUGUCAGUAUUUUAAAUUAACAAAAAAAAGGUGUUUAUUUUGUCGCUUCUGCAAGUCCUCGACUUCCUUGAAAAUAUGUCUGUAGAACAAAAAGAAACUAUUUUAAAGCUAAAUAAAUAGAGCAUUAUUUAAUGAUC